AUGAGUCUCGAUCGCCAAAAUGGGUCUCAGAAGAGUGAGCUGGAAACAACUGCGAAACCUACAUUGCAGGGUCUGCAGCUGCCCUCAUCUUCCAGCCCGGUCGAGGACUCCGACCGCGAAACGCCGUCAAUACUGCACCGAACGAAGAGCAGGCUUGCUGAACCGGUCGUGGCCGCAUUUAUGGCUGGUGGCGUAGCAGGUGCUGUUUCUAGGACUAUUGUGUCACCCCUGGAGCGGUUGAAAAUCCUGCUCCAGAUCCAAAGCGUCGGUCGAGAAGCAUACAAGUCGUCAAUCUGGAAAGCCCUUGUAAAAAUGGGACGUGAUGAAGGCUGGCGAGGCUUCCUGCGAGGUAACGGCACCAAUUGUAUUCGCAUCAUUCCAUACUCCGCUGUGCAGUUUGGAAGUUACAACUUCUACAAGAAAGUAAGUGAUACUUCUUCCCUCAGUCCUCAGAAGUUGAGUCUCGACGCUGACCAGUUUGGGUGCAAGUUUGCCGAAUCACCAGAAGGUGAAAUGACCCCCGUAAGCCGCCUUAUUUGCGGUGGAAUCGCAGGAAUUACAUCGGUGACUGUCACGUAUCCGUUGGACAUUGUUCGCACGCGACUUUCAAUUCAAUCCGCUUCGUUUGCCGAGCUCAGGCAGCGAGACCACAAUCAAAAACUGCCUGGCAUGUUCACCACAAUGGUCAGGAUAUACAAGACGGAGGGCGGCAUGAUCGCCCUCUAUCGCGGAAUCGUUCCUACCGUCGCAGGGGUUGCUCCUUACGUCGGCUUGAAUUUCAUGACUUACGAGUCAGUGCGCAAGUAUUUUACCCCGGACGGAGAGAAGAAUCCUAGUCCGGCCCGAAGAUUGUUGGCAGGCGCUAUCUCCGGCGCUGUGGCUCAAACUUGCACAUAUCCCUUUGAUGUGUUGCGGCGACGCUUCCAGAUCAACACCAUGUCCGGGAUGGGAUACAAAUAUGCCUCGGUCUGGGAUGCUGUGCGAGUGAUUGUGGCCGAAGAAGGUCUGCGAGGACUCUUCAAAGGAAUCGGACCCAAUCUCCUCAAGGUUGCUCCCAGUAUGGCCAGCAGCUGGUUCAGCUUCGAGAUGACGCGGGAUUUCCUCGUGAGCAUGGAGGAUAGAGAUUAG